AUAUCUGUGGCAAAAGCAAAACUGUCUUCCAGUUCAUUCACCUGAACUCAGUUGAGCCAGGCUGGUCUCUUAAAGGGACAAAGCAUGGACAGUCCCUGGGGAUGGUUUUGCUGAGGAUGAUGGUGCUCACGGGCGGCCCACACGCCCGAUGGGGCUGGCAAAAGUGUCUGUCUGAAAAAAGGACCUGUUCUAGGUGUUGACCACAACAGCCUCAACUAAUACCUCCUCCAAGCCGACAGGUCGCUUUGUCCCAUGGAACCCACUGCUACUGGAGAUGCUGGAAAGGGCAAAGGACCUCCUUGCUGGCCAGGCCCAGAGCCCUCCGCGUCAGGUGAACGGGGUCCUGGGAGGCUCGGCUGUCCUCUCCGUCAACGUUGGGCCACAGGCCAAAGUGAAAGAGAUCGAAUGGAGCUACAGGGCUGGGUCUGGGCCAGCCCUCCUGGUGGCUUUGUUUCGAGACGGGAAAUUAGAACGGCCGGAUCCCAGCGACAGGUUUAAGCAGAGGAUAGACAUGUUCAAUGAGACCCUGAGGAUAAAGGCCUUGGAGCUGAAUGACAGCGGCACCUUUGGGGCCCGGGUCAAGUUGCUUCCGGCCAUUGUGGAGGACCACACCUUCAACCUCGCCGUCUACGAGCCUGUCUUGACUCCUCGGAUCCAGAGUCAGCUGGUCUCCAGCACGCCAAAGUGGUGCAACGUCACCUUGCAGUGUGUGUCUCCAGGGAAGGGGCCGGUCAACGUCACUUGGAAAAAGGGGAACCCCAUCCGGGAUCUUGGGAACACCGACAGAUAUCAGAUCUCCCCUGAUGGCAGGACCCUCCGACUCUCUCUCCUUCCAUCUUCCUUGAAUACCACGUAUUCCUGCACUGCCAGCAACCCCAUCGAACACAAAAUCGUCUCCUUUGAUCUACAGAGGAUCUGUCAGAGUGGAGCCGAAUCUUCCUUUUCCAAGUCCGGCUACGUCGUCCUGACCUUCAUCCUCUUAGUGCUAAGUCUGGGUGCUGCAUUUUGGUGCUGGCGGAUCAACAACGAGAAGUCGGCCGAGACAGCAACCAUUCCAACUGUCCAAGUGGAAGAAAGUCCGUCUGACUCCCAAUAUGCAGAGAUUCUCCGCAGGAGCCCCCCUGAAGGUCUCCAGGAAAGUAACGCAGAGAAAAGUCCCCAGAAAGAACAGCACAUCACUACCAUUUAUGACCAGAUCCGGAGGACCCCAGAGACACCAACCAAAGAGGUCACAUAAGCCUGGAACCAGCACUGGAGGGAGAGUCUGCCCACGAUUGCCAUCACUGUCAUCCCCAUCACCUUUUGCACCAGGGCCUCAAGCAAACGAUGUGCCAAACUCUCCAAAACGCAAAUUCAUCGGGGAUGUACCUAAGUCACCUUUCUUCAGCAUAGGAACGAAGAGAGAGGAGUUUUGGAGCAUAUUUUCUCCCUUGUUUUCUGCUAGUUGCCCUCCUGCCUGAUGCCCCAGCCGGGUAGACUUGAAUCCCAGGAGCAGAACAACACUUGGGUUUUGUGGUGCUUGAGACAAAGCAAACAAUUCUCCAGAUUAGAGGUCUGGGCCAUAAAAGACAUGCAGCAGGAUUCCACCAUCAGCCUCAAGGCAGUGGGAAGACUGAGGUUUUUAAAUCCAUCCACAGAUGGCCCGCUGGGUGUGUGUAUAUGUUUGUGUUUGACUCUCAGAGACUGUCAGGCUGCUCCCUCCUUACCUCCUUUAAAAUUUAGAAGAGGGUGACCUAUUUUGAAUGACAGAAGGAGCAGCCUGGAGCAGCAGCCAUUCCUCUCUGCCAAAGGGCUAGGAAGAGGGCUCAGUUCUCUUUGGAAACACACCUUCAGAUUUCUUUUCCGCUGAUUUCUUGGCAAGUCUUUCGAGGCCUGUUACCCGAGAUGCUCACCAGAUGGAGCUUUGGUGCUGAAAUAGUUUCGGUUGUGCAGCUCAGGCAUUGGGUUUAUCCCUUUGUUGACUUGAACUGGAUCUUUUCCUUGUCAUCCCUGGGCUUUAGAUGCUGGGGAUGUCACUUCUGACUUUGCGUUUGUCAUUAAAGUAAAUACAAAAAUGGAAUUCUACACAUUUUCGCUUAAACUAAAAUAAGAAUGUAGCCGUAAGACGAAGAUGCAGUAGAUGACGUAUAACAUUGCGUAUUGUGAUUCAUGAAUUGUGUGGCUCGAGUAAAAUGGGAUUUUCAACUUCUUUGCUUGGGAUGAGAAGAAUAAAAACUAAACAUGUUCUCCACAUGUAGAGAAAUCGGCCAAACAUGAAAGGUUCAAGGCUGUUCUUUGCAACUUUCUUCCUCUCUUAUCUCACUUGAAUAUUUUUUUUCAACCACUUGGUAACUCAAAACAUGCAGUCUCUAAAAUGUGACCCUGAGUGCUUUUUUCUUACUCAAAGAUAUAUAUUUUCACCCCUCUCCUCCUUGUAGAAAAGGGGAAACAG